AUGUCCUCCUUGCUGAAGGCAGACGUGAAGGAGUACAUUCCUUCGUGGGCUUGCAAGCGGCCCUCUGCUGCGAACCCCGCCGCCGCGCCGGUGCCCAUGCAUGGGUUGGCGACCUCCCUGCCCACGGCCCCGCCGGUGAGGAUGCAUAGUAGCCCCGCUGGGGCCAACAGCCAGCCGUACGCCCCGUCCCCAAGCACGGCGGGUGCUUUGCCGCUGCGCAGCCCCACAACGGCAAUGCGCCUUCCCACCCGGAUGAGCCCGAUGCACGCGCCCUACCCUCCCGUGGUAUCUGACAUGAAUCCAAACGCCAAGGACUUUAUUCCGCACUUGGCCGGUGCCAAUUCACUCGCCCCACUUCCAACGUCGACGGCCGACAUCGCGGAGGAGAAGGAGCGCCUGCAGAGACAGCAGGGCCGGUCGCCGUCCGGCGUGAAGUGGACGACCACCUCCACGAGGAACAACGUCACGCAUCAAGUGACGUCGCCGGCAGUGAAGGCCAGUUUUACGCCGAUUGCCGCCCCGAUUCAUGUGGAAAAAACCGAGGAGGAAAUUCUAGAGAUUAGUAAGCGCAGUUCCCUCAAAGUGGGCGCGGCGGCCUUUGUCCCCCGCCGCACGCUGAACCGCGUGAUGAUCAGCAAGCCGUCCCCCUUCUCGCUCACACCGGCGACGGGCGAAAUGCCGCUGGCGGAUCUCUGGUGUCUCUUCUACCUGCCUGCUGGGCUGGGCGAGUGCAUCCGGGAAAACACGUACGACCCAACGCUCGUGUUUCGCGUCGACUCCGUGGCCACCUUCUGGAAGGUCUUCAACAACGUCCCUCGACCGACGGAGAUGACAAUUAGCACGCUGUACUUCUUUCGGGACGGAAUCAAUCCAAAGUGGGAGGACCCUGGCAACCGCGACGGCGGCAUUCUGAAGAUCAAACUAGACUCCAGCCGCAUCAACGAGGCGUGGGUGUACCUGCUCUGCCGCACCAUCGGGGAGUCGUGGUCCAGGUCCGUGCGUGACACAGUGAACGGCGUCGCCCUGAAGGUGCGGGAUCGCGCGUACCUGCUGGAGGUGUGGGUCACAAAACAAAGCCCGGAGCUCAUGAUGGAUAUCAGUGAGCUGCUGCGGCCACUCCUGGGCGACGUCUUCUCUGUGUUUUAUGCGCCACACUCCGUGACGCAGGAACGCGCCGCCGCCGCCGCCGCCGCUGCCGCCCUGGCCGACAAGAAGAAGAAUAGGCAGAACCGCCGCCGCUGGUGA